UUUCUUUUCUCGGCCGAUUUUAUCGACGCCACCAUUCACCAGUCUGCUUUCCUCUCGCUGUCUCCGAACCCACGCCCUAUUCCACAGGCUCUCAAACCGAGUCGCUCUGCUCAGGACGAUUGUCUCCGGUCUAAGCUUUCAAGCCACGAUGAUAUAUUUGGACUCUCUGCACACGUAGUGCCACCAGAGACCUCGCCCUGGAGUUGCUUUUCUUCUUACCAGAGCUCCCUGGAAGAAUUUCAUGCCCUGGGAAUCCGACAUGUUCGUCACCACCGUCCGACUCUAAGGUGGGGAAUGAGAACAGGGCUUAGUCCUACGACCAGCCGCAGUUGAUUCAUGUCAUGUGACCACACCCUAACAGCAAGAGUGCCCGAUGCUGUCAGCGUUGUGUCAUGGUGUCGGUGGAAGUCUCUGGGAAAUUGGAGUUGGAUAUGUUGAGAACGGAAUCUUCGGCGUGCUGCUGCGAACCCUCGUAGCUACCGCCAGCAUGGCAGCACGUUCUGAGUGCCACAGUGUCGUAGUCUGGGACAGCAGCUCAUCCAGCAGAUCUGCUUGUGUUGGAACCUUGGCCGCUUCCAGGCGUUGGCAAGCUGAUCAGCCAUGGCAACGAGGAGCUACCGUGUCGGGGCAAUUUCCGGUCAUAUUUUAGCACCGCGGCGUAGGUAUGAGUGGGGGAACAACAAUCCCCAGACCUGACCUGGAAUAAACUGGCGAGAGUGCUGGGUUGACCGGUGUUCGCUACUGUGCUUGGC